UGGGAAAGAAACAGAGGCUUAUUGUCAAGUUGCUGCAUGAUUGGGGAGAAAAACAGUGCAUGACCAUCCCUUCACUGCCAGCACUGCUUCCAAACAGCCAGGAAUUGAGUUUUCAUUCUUCUGCAGCCGCAGCUGCUCAGCCAAACACAUGACUUUGGGCAAAAGGGAGAAGAUAUGGCUGUUUGUUGCUGUGACAUAUUUGUUUCAGGGAGUUACUUAUUCAGAACGACUGAGAAGAAUGAAGAGAGUUGUGGAUCCUGAAGCCUUUAUGAGUAUUAAUGAGCUCAUUACUUACAAAGGGUACCCCAGUGAGGAGUAUGAAGUGAUGACAGAAGAUGGGUAUACCAUUACCAUUAACAGGAUCCCUUAUGGUACUCACAAUCAAGGAAGUCCAGCUCCAAGACCUGCUGUGUUUCUCCAGCAUGGAUUGUUGGGAGAUGCCAGCAACUGGGUCACAAACCUGCCCAACAACAGCUUGGGCUUCCUGCUAGCUGAUGCUGGAUUUGACGUUUGGAUGGGAAAUAGCAGAGGGAAUCGCUGGUCAAGAAAACAUCAAAAGUAUUCCACUGAUCAAGAUGAAUUCUGGGCUUUCAGUUUUGAUGAGAUGGCAAAGUUUGAUCUUCCAGCAGCAAUAAAUUUUAUUUUGGAGAAAACAGGACAGGAAAAGUUGUACUAUAUUGGCUAUUCACAAGGUACUACUAUUGCUUUCAUUGCAUUUUCAACAAUGCCAGAGCUGGCUCAGAAGAUCAAACUCUACUUUGCAUUGGCACCUGUCACUGCUAUUAAGUAUGCUAAAAGCCCAGCAACAAAACUCCUCUACCUUCCUGAGAAAAUGCUCAGGGGUAUGCUUGGAAACAAAGAAUUCCUUCCCCAUACUGAGUGUCUAACAAGGAUAAUAGCCCCUGUCUGCAGCCACCGACCUUUUGCCAGGCUUUGCAGAAGUGUCUUCUUCAAUCUGGGUGGCUGUAACCUGAAAAACAUUGAUGUGAACCGAAUCAACGUGUAUAUUGCCCAAACCUCUGCUGGAACUUCCGUGCAGAACAUAAUCCACUGGAGCCAGGAGGCCCGCUCGGGGAAGUUCCAAGCUUAUGACUGGGGCAGUUCAAAGAAGAACAUGGAAAAAUACCAACAGACUAUUCCUCCUCUCUACAACAUAGAAGAGAUGACUGUACCGACUGCAGUAUGGACUGGGGGACAAGACCUGCUCGCAGAUCCCAAGGAUGCAGCCAUUUUAUUGUCUAAAAUUAAGAAGCUUAUCUAUCACAAGAAGAUUCCUGAAUGGGCACACCUGGAUUUCAUCUGGGGAUUGGAUGCACCUUUGCACGUGUACAAUGAAAUUAUUGACCUGAUGCAGAAGUAUCCUUAACACAGAAGCCUUACCUGACUUGUUCAACAACACUUAGAUUCACUGGGUGCAAAAACCCCUUCUGUUGCUUCUGGAGUUGGGGAAAGGGUUCCUCCUGCACACUUCAUGUCACUCUAUUGCCUUUUGCAUCCUAAUAGUACACUUCAUGCUUUCUGGCAACCUUGUGGAUCUGUAAUACUUUUUCAAUUGAUACAUUUUCAAUUCUGCAAUAACAAUACUUUGCUAACAGAAGACAGAGUUUGCUUCCAUCCUACUCUCUACUCUAGACUAUGACAGUAAGGAAAGCAUUUCCUUUCUCUGGAUAUGUUCUGUGAUCUCUACAUGUUUUCCAUUCUUCAUAUUAUUGCUCAGUUUAUUGGGCUGGCAGUUAUUUAAAGACAUAGUGUA